AUGGAGAAUCUGAUGUCUAUGUUUGGGGCGGAGAAUCUGGAUCCGGCCAGCAUUAACGCGCAGCAGGUGAUCAUCCGCGAAAUCUUCAGGUCUGCGGAGGGGGAAAGAGCCCUCACACUCGGCCACGUGCUGAAGGUCUACGACACCACGAUUGCCAAGCACGGAAUCUGCGCCACGGACCUCGCCGGGAUUCAGAUCUACCGGGCUUUGCUGCAGUGGGGCAGAAAGGAUACAGGGAAGCCUCAAGCGAAUGCACGCACGCCGCUGGAACCCAUCUUGCCGGAUGCGGUUUGUGGGAGAAGCAACAGCUUGCCAGUGCAAGCUCACAAGGCGAGACCGACGAGCGACGCCGUCACACUGCAGGCGGACAUCCCCCCCGUCCAGUCAACGACAGGUCUCCAGCAACCUCCGCCGCUCGUCUCGGUCCCGGUGGUCCCCGCUCAGAGCUCCCCGACUCCGCAGAGGACUCGGAAGCCUUCGCACGUUGGAGGGGAGGAGUUUGAGCCCGUGGUGGGCGAAGCGAAAGCCACCCCGGAAGAACCUCUGACGGCGGUGGCAUCUACCCCAGCCCAGCGAGCUCUUGGCGGCGAAAGUACAGCUGCAAAUCUCAAGAACGCCCCAGCGAUCGGAAAUGAUCCAGGUCCGGACUUGGUCGACCUGCUUCCCACAGCCUCUGCACUGGUCUCCACUUCGACGCUUCCCUUCCGAUCCACGGAGGAAGCCAGCACGUCGCAGCCGAGGCCCCAAGCCGGUUUGGGCGACGAUGCCAUGGCCAUUCUGGCGGAUGCUUUUGGGUACCGGAAGAGCCUCGCGCGAGCGGUUGGUGCUUGGCAGAGUGCUCUGCAAGACGAGAGAGAGCUCGUGCUGGAGCUUCGACGAAAGCAGGCGCUGGGAUACUGGUUCCGCCGGACCAGGUCCGACCUGGCCGAGAGGGCCGCGGACCUUGAGAGCAGGUCCUCGCAGCGUCGACGAACCCUGAAGCUUGGCGUGGCGAGAUGGCAGCUUUGCCUCAUGGCGAGAAGGAGCUUCCGCCAUACCUUCGCCCGGUUGCAGGGGCUCCAGGGCCGACGCUGCCUGCACUUGGCUUACGGCAGCUGGCUGCUGGCCGUGAACUCCGCCAAAGAGCGCCUGGCGCAUGCGACGCGGCUCACGCGCUGCCGAGUGCUACAGGGCUGCUGGACAGCGCUGCGGGCAUACUCGCAGCAGCGACAGCUCAUGGCCUUGUACCGGAGCUGGGCAGACGUGCACUGGCUCCGCUCUCGGAUGACUGCGGCCUGGCAGGCGUGGCUUCGGUGGUUCCGGAAGCGUGGGAAGGUGGUGGCCAUGCGCAGUGAGCCGCAGCUGCUGGCGGCCUGGUGCUGGCUUCGGGUGCAUGCGGGAGCCGAGCCCCACAGGCAGCGGCUGCCACCGGGCUCAGGUCACUCGCAACAACGCACAUGGUGGUGGGCCCCAGCAGUUGACCUUCUUUUCGGUCCAGCACCCUUCGAAAUCCAUCCACACCACAUGCAGGCUGUACAGCUCACCGUGCUGCGCGGAUUUGUCAGUGCGCUGUUGAAGAAGAUGUUCUCGUGUUGGCAGAUGCAGGCCCAGGUGACCAGCAGCUUCCUCCAAAAAGUCCGCCGGAGCACGUUCGCGACCUGCCUCCCGGCCUGGAAGGUCCAAGCCGAAGAACUCCGGCGAACCCGCGCAUGCCAGCAAGAAGUGGCUUCACUGAGAGCGGGCCGGAGCCGAGCGAGUGCCUUGAGGACCUGGAGCCGAAGGUGCCGACGCCGAAUCGAGCAUCGACACCGGGCCCAAGAUUUCGCUGCGGACUGUUGGCAUCGAAGCUGCAGGAGGGCCUUCUUGGCGUGGCGCAGAGCUUGGGACUGGGAGGCUGCAGUGCUCAAAGCACAGUCUCUUGCCGGAGGGCGCCUUCUUUGUGCGGCGAUGAAGGCUUGGGUCGGACUGUGGCACCAUGAGCGACAGGAAGCGAUCCGCUUGCGGCUCUCGGGGCUCUUCCUGCGAAAGUGCAGCCUGAAACGCGGGCUGUGGAAGCUCCACGUCCACGUCGGCAUUCAGACCCGGCGCCGGGCCUUGCUGCAGGCGGAGGCUCAGCUUCGGGAGGCGGUCCUCCGGAAACGCUGGCGCCGGCUCGAGGCUUGCUGGGGUGCUUGGAGAAGACAUGCCGAGCAUUGCCGGCUCAUGAAAUUGUAUCGUAGCUGGGCGGACGUCCACUGGCUCCGCUCUCGGCUGACUGCGGCAUGGCAGGCCUGGCUCCAGUGGUUCCGCAAACGCGGGAAGGUGGUGGCCAUGCGCAGCGCCCCGCAGCUGCUGGCGGCCUGGCGUUGGCUCCGAGUCCACGCAGCCUGCUUUGCCCAUGGGCAGUUCAUGCGCAGGCCGCAACCUCCCAUUGAUGCGGCGGUUGCACCAUGGCAGCCCGUGGCCGCCGAGCUGCUCUUCGGCCCGGCCCCCUUCGACGUCCACCCGCACCACAUGCAGGCUAUGCGGCCUGGACUCCUGGAGCUCUUCGCAAGCGCUCUGCGGAAGGAGAUGAUGGAAGUCUGGAAAUCCGAGGUUUAUCGGAGCCGGAGCAGACUGCAGAGAAGAAAGUCCUGCAUGUCUCGGAGAUGGCUCUGGGCUUGGAAGGCGGCCGCAGAGAAGUGCAGGCGCUUGCACAGCAUCAAGACUGCAGUCCUCAGCUUUCGCUGCCGGCGUGCCCGCCGGCGGCUGCUGCAUCAUUGGAGCCGAAGGACCACCCAGCGAGCGGAGUAUCGCGAGAGAGCUCAACACUUGGUGUCGGCAUGCUUGCAUCGCACUUGCCGGAGGGCCUUGGAUGCAUGGUUGAGGGCGCGGAGAUGGCAG